AUGACGAGAACGAAUACGAACCCGAAGAUGAUGCAACAAAGGACGUUCCAGGUGAAGGACAAGGUGCUGGUGGGCAACGAAUUGGUAUUUCCCGAAAGCACUCUCAACGCCGGAGAAAUAGUUCUACAACUGCUAAAGAGUAAACCAGAUUUCAUUGGACAGAUAGAGGCAUCUACGGGAAAGCAACUUACGUACGAGGAAAUGGCGGAUAAAAGCAUGAGGUGCGCGAUUUGGUUGAGAAAACAAGGUGUCAAGCGUGGAGAUACAGUGGCAGUGUGCACCUUUUCCUGCCUCGAUGCCUACGUUCCUUUCUUGGCGUGCUUGUACAUCGGUGCCGUAUGCGCCGUCGAACACCACACGUUGCCUCUUCGAGUCUGCCGUAAUUUUCUAUCACUGAUAACGCCACGGGUAAUCUUCAUACACGGGUUUGCCGUGAACGAUUUCAGCAACGCCCAAGCCGAGUUGAAUAUGAAUAUACAGAGAGUCGUUUUCGAAGACGGUAUUCCCAACGAAGAGUCAUUGUAUGAAAUUUUGAUGGAACAAACUACGAACGAGGUAGAAAAUUUCCGUUGCGAGAGGAUCGACAAUCCGAGAGCGCCAGCUCUAUUGAUCAGUACAUCGGGAUCAACGGGUACGCCGAAAAUAGCGGAGUUAUCUCACCUGUCGAUGAGGACGUUGCUGCAUCCAGUCUACACGAGGAGCGUCAAGCAUCAUAAAGUUUGCCUAUGCGCCACUGCCUUUCGCUGGAUUCCUUACUUCAUCUACAUGUUGAAGUGCAUCCGUUGCAACUCGACGAGAAUCGUGACCGUGGAUGAGAAAGACGCCAACUAUUACUACGACAUAAUCAAGAAAUACAAGGUGGAGUACUAUUUGGUAGACAGCAACCAGCUAAGAAAGAUUUACAAACACAAACUGGCAGAAAACUAUGCGUCGACGGACUUGAAAACCAUCGUGUUUGGUGGAUCGGCUUUCAGUCAGGAAGUGCACAAGAGUUUAAUCGAACAAUUACCGCGAAUAAAUAUCUGGCAAACCUACGGGUCGACCGACGCCGGCAUCUGUCUUACUCAGCAACUGAAGGGAUGCACACCCGGCAGCGUUGGUUACGUCUGGGAAGGUGUCAAAGUGAAGAUAGUUUGUCCGGAAACGGGGAGGACGUUGGGUGCGAAUGAACAGGGAGAAAUCUGCGUGAAGACGACCGCGCAAAUGAACGGGUAUCGGAAGAAUCAGACAGCUACCGCAAAGGCCAUCGAUUCGGAAGGGUGGUUACACAUGAACGACAUCGGCUACUACGACGAAAAUGGCGAGAUCUUCAUAGUUGGCAGACUCUCUGAAUUUAUCAAAUACAAAGAAUGCUGUUUAUCGGUUUCGGAGAUAGAGGCUGUUCUUGACAUGCACCCGGCGGUGUACCAAAGCGUGGUGGUACCGAUACCCGCAGACGUCGAGGGAGAUCUUCCGUUUGCCGUUGUGAUCCCGUUGCCGGGCAAAGAGAUAACGGAAGCAGAAUUAAUGACCUACUGCGAGAAUAAUUUACCAUAUUUCUACAAAAUGGGCGGCAUAAAAUUCGUGAAGAACAUUCCGUGUACCAACACGGGGAAGGUUUCCAAAACGGAAAUAAAGCAGAUGAUAAGCCAGGAGUUAAUUUAA